AUGUGCGGACCAAUGUUUAGAUAUGACAAACUCAACGUCAAGUUAUAUAUAGUAAUUACCAUGACUGCACCGACUGUUUACAGUGCCUACAUGAUUAAGAUAUGUUAUGAUGAAGUGGUUGUCAAUCAAGAGAUGUGAGUUACUUUUACAUUACUUUUUGGUUUUAAUAUUGAGCUUUUGAAACACUAUGUACCAUUACUGCAUUCGGCUUGAACUUGCUGAUUAGUGUGCAUAAACAACAAUAUAAAGGUUUGAAACAGUACAUACAAUUGUAAAUAGAGAUUACUCUAAAAUAAGAUGAUUUUUACCUGUUUCUUUUGUUACAGUAGUCACAAGAACAUACUCAAGUAAAAAAUACCUACUUUUAGGCUUGUAGUAGGCAUGGUAGCCGAAAUCUUUAUAAACAAAGCCAACAAUGCUUGGCACGCAGCUCAAGCGAUCAUAUACUUAGUUACCAUCAUCGUAUACUGUCUUCUAUGGAUAGUUGUGGCCAAGAAAGGUGUCGGUAAAACCUCAAAGAAACUGAUAAAGUCUCUGAGUUUGAUAAUGGUAACAUUAGUAAUCAGCUGGCUGUUUGUUGGUGCUUUUACUGCAGUGCAUGAUAGUAUAGUGACUGAGACUACGCCUUUUGAUACCUACUUUUACCACAUAAACUUGGGGGUGUUUAUUAACAUUGGCGUGGCUUCUAACUAUUUUAUUUAUUUUAUUUUUAAGUAAGUUUUGCUUUUGAUAACUAAUCUUGUCAAUGUUCCAAUGUGAAGAUAUUCGAAUGUUUUAGUUAUUAAAGUAUAAAGUUCUUUGUUAACCAUCUUCUCCCCUUCCCUUACGUACUGUAGCCCAGUAUACUUUGCGAAAUACGAAAGACCUUUGUUUUUACUAUGUAAAACAAGGAAUUAUCUUACCAUGCAUUAUAAAUACCAAAAAAAACAAUUAAAAAUAGGUUUUACAUUACACAGUAAAAUGCGUCAAUUGUGCCUCAUUUCAGUGAAGAAUAUCGCCGAGCCUUCACAGAACAGCUUUACAUAAUUACGUUUCGACCCAUCGCCAAAGGGGCAUGGGAAACGACCAGAGUCACAUCGAAACUUCACACUUCCAAUAGUAUUAAUACCGCUACAGUGCAUUAACAGAGUAAACUACACUGUAUUGGAAAGCCAUAGAGUCAUAACAUGUUUAUAUGAUAACUUAAUAUAAUUUUUUUAUAAUAACUGUCAUUUUCAUAUUUUAGUAUUAUAUAUGAGUGCCACUUUAUUAUUGUAGAGAACAUCUCCAGUCUAUUUACGUGCUUUAAAAUUACAGUGUAGUAAAAAUAGGUCAUAAUUAAAACUGAGAGUGUUUACACAGUAAAAGUGCUGAUUAUCAACGUUAUACUAUGACAAGAUGUUGUUUGUCAAGUCAUAGUACUAUAUUGUACAGUGUUUAGAAGGCUUGUCUUACAGUCAAUUAUAGUUAAAUAAAAUUGAAUUAGGUAGGCUAAUGCCAUUUCCUUGGCUUUAUGACUUUUCGCCUUCUGGAACUAAAUAAACUUACAUAUAUAUUUUAUACAUAUAUUUCCUUAUAUAUAUGUAUUAUAUAUUCAGUAUAUCUUAUAAGUUGAUUCAUUAACUGAUACUGAUAUGGUUGCUGAAAGGCUAGAUCCUUAUAACUUAUCAAUCGCUCCAGGGCUAUUUUUGACAUUUCUAUUGACUGUCAUUGGCAUUUUUGGCAAUGUCAACAUUGUUUGGGCUACUAUUAGAAAAAGGUAAAUUUUGAAGUCCACCCUCUAGGCCGGCUCUAUAACUUGUUAGACCAAAUUAAGCUGAGAAAAAAUAAAAACUGCCCGGGCCUAAAGCUUGGGCUGGGGCCUAAGCCGAGCUUCAAAAGUAGGUCCGACCCUUUUUUCAUCCCUACUCAAAAGCCACAUUCAAAAGUUCCCUCGCCUUAUCUCCAAAUUACAUUUCAGACGCCUCCAACACCCAUGCAAUGUUAUCAUAGCCCUGACUGCUCUCACAGAUAUUCUCCAUCAAGCUGCUCACGUUGUCUUUGCUUACUUUUACUUCUCAGGCAAUCCCUAUCGUUCCAAAACGUUCUGUUUUCAAAUCCUUGCUACUUCUGCUUUCAAUGCCUUUUUUGGUGCGUUUUUGGUACUUUCGAUUGGAAUCGACCGGUUGUUUUGCGUACUAAUACCUAAUCAGUAAGCUUAUUUUUUUACUUUUAUCAAAUGUGACAUAUUUUAAUCGAUUUUUAUCAAUUCAAACAAAAAUUUAUAUUAAAAUUACAAUUUUUAGAUACAACAAGGUGAAUCUGAAGUUAUAUUGGUUUGUGACAUUACUGCCUCCCACACUAUACAGCAUCCGUUUACUGUUGUCAUGUUACGAAAAAGUUAAAGAAGACAGAGAACGGUAUGUUGUGAAAUAUGUACAAUAAUGUAAACCUUAAAAGACAUGUAAUUUUCCUAGUGUUUAGGCACUUCGAAAAUAAAAUACAGUUUAAAAUGUUAUACUAUAACCAAAAAACAAAGUACAGUGUCAAAACAUGUUACCUACAGGUUCAUUUUAAGGUACAAGACAUAAAAUGACAUAUUAUAAUCUAUAUUAAACUUUACACUUUACAUAUAACCCUUUUCCAAGAACAGCCAAACAGAAACGUCGCUUUUGUCACAACAAUAACCUUUGACAUAUUUCAGACCAACAAUCAUGAUGAUAGCUGAACUGUUCGUAGGCGUAUCAGAUGUCUACAGAAGCCAGGCUGUAGUGUAUCUAGCAGCCAUCAUUGUAUACAGUACGCUAUGGAUCACUGUAUCUAAAAAGAAGAUACGAACGUCUUCAAAGACGCUCAUAAAGUCAUUGAGUGUCAUCAUGAUGACAUUGCUGAUUGGCUGGGUGUUUGUGGGUAUAUUCCACUCGUUUUACUUUAAACUGCAUCCAGUGAUAACACCGAAUGAGGCCUUUAAUUUGCAUAUGAACAUGGGAUGGUUGAUCAAUGUUGGGGUAGCUGCCAACUACCCCAUUUACUUUGUUUUUAAGUAAGUUAUAUAUAGUUUUUUUAAUAAAUUAAACGGCUCUGAUAAAUAAUCUUUAGUGGCUCUAAUAUACUGCCCGAAACUAAAAAACGAAGUCUCGUUAUUAUAUAAAGUUUUAAACAAUUUUAAAAAAACUUUCAGCAACGAAUAUCGUACAGCUUUCAUUGGUCAACUGAGCAUAUUGACCUGCGGGCAAUGGAAGCCAGGCAGACGAAAGAUAACUUUCUUGCAAAUGUCCUCGAAUACUGGUUUUUGA